AUGUCCCAAAGCCGCAUCUUACCGCUCGAGCUGAUUGACAAAUGCAUCGGUUCCAGACUCUGGAUCGUCAUGAAGGGUGAUAAGGAGUUCCUCGGUACGCUUCGAGGUUUCGACGACUACGUUAAUAUGGUACUAGACGAUGUGACUGAGUAUGAGAUUACUCCAGAUGGAAAACGCGAGGUGAAGCUUGAUCAGGUGUUGCUUAACGGCAACAAUGUCUGCCUACUAGUGCCUGGAGGCUUUCCGACCACAGCCCAGACCAAUUAA